AUGUCUGCGUCGAUUCGUGCCCGAGGCGCCGCCGACGAUGCCGACAAGAAACAAGCGGUAGCAGGAAUACAUGAAAAAGGAAGGAUUACAUCUGCACCGAGUUCAGCGCGCUUCAAUGCUGCUCUCGCCGAUUUCGGUCUCAUCAUGUCGCUCAUUUUUGGCGGGUGCUGUAGUAAUGCACUGACGCUGGAACUCACGACAAAGCAGCUUCCUGCCUCUGGAACCCUUAUCACCCUUGCGCAGUUUGUGGCUACAACCCUCAUUUCACUGGUGGGAGAAGUCGAAUGGACAAGCGCGUUUGGCAUACCGGUGUUAUGGCUAAAGCGACCUAGUGUCCCGAUACGUCGCUGGUUGAUUCAGGUUGUGCUGUACUUUUUCACCAGCAUUCUUAAUAACUCAGCCUUUGCGUAUGAUAUUCCCAUGUCUGUGCACAUCAUAUUUCGGAGCGGUGGAAUGCUGGUGAACAUGCUUCUGGGUUACACCGUGGAUGGGAAGCGUUACUCGUUUCUUCAGCUUGCCAGUGUAUGCCUAGUGACGGUCGGCGUUGUGGUGGCGACAAUGUCAGCCAUGUCGUCGUCAGAUAGUGCUACAUUCUUUUUACCGAGUACCACAGAAAGCGACUACUUGUUUGGUGUGCUUCUGCUGAGUCUUGCUUUGUUCACAUCUGGCUUCAUGGGUCUAUUCCAGGAGCGCACGUACGGCAAGUACGGACGACAACACUGGCAUGAGGCACUGUUUUAUUCGCAUUUAUUCUCGCUACCGCUUUUUCUGCUCCAAUCGCGCAGUUUGUCGAACCAGAUCCGUGAGGCAAAUGCCACGCCGCGUGAAUGGCUAUCGAUGUGCCAGACAUGUCGCUUUAAUAAGUUGGGUUUGCAUGUGCCGUCGUACUAUGUGAGACUAGCGCUCAACGUAUUCACACAGCUUUUGUGUAUAAACGGCGUGAACCGACUCACGUCUCGCGUUUCGAGUCUGAGUGUAUCACUUGUGCUUGUGGUUCGCAAAGCCGUGAGUCUCGUAAUCAGUGUUGUGUUGCUGAACGGACAGGCUGGGAGCAUUAGCCUCUGGUUUGGAGCUGCUGCCGUCAUGGUCGGCACGAUCGGAUACACGUAUGGCGGUGCCAAGCGCCGUCCUGUACCACAUGCUAAAAGUGCAUAA